UAUAUUUAUUUAUAAUUUAAAAUUGAACCCGCACGCCAGAAAAUAGAAAAGAGAAAAAGGAUUGAAGAUGUGUUGGGGCAACGUAGACGACUGCGAAGUGCGAAGUUGUUGAAAACACGACAGGGAAAAGCGCAAAGCAUGGACAACAAAACCGAUUUUUCAACUCCUCUUCUCCCCACAAGCUACGGUCCCGUUGACUCUCAGGGGAAAGGCCAUACCGGACCUUCUUCUUCUUCUUCUUUUUCUUCCAUACCAACUACUCUUAUACUCACUACCCUCGUCGCUGUUUUUGGUUCUUACGUUUUUGGCUCCGCUAUUGGGUAUUCAUCACCUACUCAAUCUAGAAUCAUGCUUGACCUCAAUCUCGGAGUCGCCCAGUACUCAAUUUUUGGUUCAAUAUUGACGAUUGGAGCGAUGAUUGGUGCCGUUGUGAGUGGUAGAAUAGCAGAUUAUGCUGGUCGUCGAGUUGCCAUGGGAUUCUCCCAGGUUUUCUGCAUCUUGGGAUGGCUUGCCAUAACAUUCUCAAAGGUUGCUUGGUGGCUUUAUGUUGGAAGACUGUUGGUAGGAUGUGGGAUUGGCCUUCUAUCUUAUGUGGUACCAGUUUAUGUAGCAGAAAUAACACCCAAGAAUCUUCGAGGGGCAUUCACUGCAGUUCAUCAGUUAAUGAUUUGUUGUGGGAUGUCAUUGACUUAUCUUAUUGGAGCAUAUGUGAAUUGGCGGAUCUUGGCUACAAUAGGAAUUAUUCCGUGUCUUGUGCAACUUCUGAGUCUUCCCUUCAUCCCUGAUUCUCCUAGGUGGCUGGCUAAGGUUGGUCGCUUGAAAGAGAGUGAUUCUGCUUUACAGCGCCUCAGGGGGAAGAAUGCCGAUUUUUAUCAAGAGGCCACUGAAAUCAGAGAUUAUACAGAAGCCUUUCAGAAGCAAACAGAAGCUAGCAUCAUUGGCUUAUUUCAAAUACAAUAUUUGAAGUCACUUACCGUAGGGGUCGGCUUGAUGAUACUGCAACAGUUUGGAGGGAUUAAUGCCAUUGUUUUUUAUGCAAACUCUAUAUUUAUCUCUUCUGGGUUUUCAGAAAGUAUCGGAACAAUAGCAAUCGUUGCCGUUAAGAUUCCAAUGACAACUAUAGGAGUACUUUUAAUGGAUAAAUCUGGAAGACGACCACUUUUGCUGGUGUCUGCAGUGGGAACAUGCGUAGGAUGCUUCCUGGCAGCCUUGUCAUUCAUUUUGCAGGACUUACAUAAGUGGAAAGGAGUUAGUCCAAUUUUGGCACUAGUGGGUGUACUGGUAUACGUGGGAUCUUACUCUAUAGGUAUGGGAGCAAUUCCGUGGGUUAUAAUGUCAGAGAUAUUUCCCAUCAACGUGAAGGGUUCUGCUGGAAGCCUUGUGACUUUGGUUAGCUGGCUGUGUUCUUGGAUUAUAUCAUAUUCUUUUAACUUCCUCAUGAGUUGGAGUUCAGCAGGAACUUUCUUAAUGUUCUCUAGCAUAUGUGGCUUCACUGUGCUAUUCGUAGCAAAACUAGUACCAGAGACCAAGGGGCGUACACUAGAAGAAAUUCAAGCUUCUUUGAACUCAUUUUCUUCUAAGAGAUAGAGAUUCUGAAUUAAGAAAAUUACAUUCAGCAAUCAUCACAAAAGUUUUAUCGAGACUCGUGAUGUACACAUAUUCUUACAAUUAAUUGUCUAUAUUAUAGAUAGAUACUUAAUAUGUAGAUUUAUUUUGUAUAUUUUUUUGAGUGUCAUUAUGUAGAGUUGAAUAUUUGAUUUUAAACUCAAAUGUCAUAGCCAUGGGACAUGUUUCGCUCCGUAAAUGAAAUUGCAAGUUAAUGUAUUUUACAAAAA